CGGGGCGCGCGCAGCAUGGCGGAAGCGGAAGGGAGUUCGCCGCUGCUGUUGCCGCCGCCGCCACCCCCGCCCGGGAUGGCGGAAGUGGAGGUGGCGACGGCGGCCGAGACGGACAAGAAGCAGUUUAGCGGCUCGGGUAGCGGCGCCAUGGACGUGGAGCGGAGCCGCUUCCCCUACUGCGUGGUGUGGACGCCCAUCCCGGUGCUCACGUGGUUUUUCCCCAUCAUUGGUCACAUGGGCAUCUGUACAUCCACAGGAGUCAUUCGGGACUUCGCUGGCCCCUACUUUGUCUCGGAAGACAACAUGGCCUUUGGGAAGCCUGCUAAGUACUGGAAGUUGGACCCUGCUCACGUAUAUGCUAGUGGGCCCAAUGCGUGGGACACAGCUGUGCACGACGCCUCUGAGGAGUACAAGCACCGCAUGCACAACCUCUGCUGUGACAACUGCCACUCACAUGUGGCGUUGGCCCUGAACCUGAUGCGCUACAAUAACAGCACCAACUGGAACAUGGUCACACUGUGCUUCUUCUGCCUGCUCUAUGGGAAAUACGUCAGCAUCGGGGCCUUCGUGAAGACCUGGCUGCCCUUCAUCCUUCUCCUGGGCAUCAUCCUAACCAUCAGCCUGGUCUUUAACCUUCGGUGAUGGCUACCCCAUGGCCCUGGACCACCAUGCUCCUGAGGAGGCAGCCGCCACCCCUUUUGGUUCCAGAUUCUUUCUCCUCGCCCCGAAAGGCAGGGAUGGGCCUAUUGGUUUUGACCCAGGGGUCUGGGCUAGGUGGGUUGAAUAAGGCCUGAGGAUGAGCAUGGGGUGUGGGGUAUUUGCUUUUUGUGUGUUACUGGUCACUCAGACGCUUUCUGUCCCCUGCUUCCCAGGCUUGUGACUCCUGCCCUUGAGGCACUUUCUUUGUUCAUCUGUUGGAAAGGCCUUAGCUUCCCUCUGUAGAGCUGUUCCUGCUACUGCCUGCUGGGCUCCCUCUGCCUCAGCCCAGUGCCCAGUGAGGGAAGGGAGGACAUUUGGACUCACCAGACAAGGAGGCACAGGGGCCAGAGCUGGAUUUGAAGCCCGUCCCCCUGCCAGGGCUCUGGUCCCAGCGUGGGUGAGUUACACUAAAAAGUCUCCAUAAGCUAAGCUUCCCUGGGGCCUUUGCUCCACUGGCCUCUAGAAUGGUCCAGUAGGCUGGAUGGGCCCCCUUUUGGAUGCUUGCCAGAAGCUGCACUAGGGGUAGUUUGUGCCCCAUCUCCUGGCAUCCUCUGGCCCAUGCAGCUCCCUCUUCCCACUCUCCCGGGGCCUCUGAGCACUAGAGCCCACCUCCCCCUGCAGUUUGGGACCUGGGCUCCCCCAGCCAGGCUGGAGAGAUGAGAGGUGAGUGACAUUGACAUGUCCAGAGUGGCCCCCUCUAGAUCAGAACAGUGUAAACAAAGCUCAGCCCCAGUCCCGGCUGUGGGCCUCGCACUGGUGAUGGCACCCUCGGGUCCAAGAUGUGGGGAGGCGUCAGAGCAGCCAGCGCCAUCAGGGAGCUGUUUCCUCCCACCUACCACAGCUUCCCCUUCUCUUCAAGUUGUGGAAAGGGCCUGUGCUGCCCCCUCACCCCUGUUCCAUGGAUUCCUUUGUGUGGGCUCCUGGGGCAGGAUAAUAAAGAGUUUUGACUCCA